GCGUCGCGUCGCGUCGCCACUGCUGCAGCAUAUCGUGGAAACUCAGUCCGACGGCGGCGCCGCACCAGACGUACGUGUUAGGACGCGCCUUUACGUGGUCCACCGAUCAAACGUCCGAUUCCGUUCGAGUCCCGAUUGUGCGGUUGCGAAAAGAAAAAGCGAGACGAACCGCCGGAGAACAACGACGAAACUGAGAACGCGACCGUUCGAAAAGAAACCGAGAAACGAAAGACGAAACGAUCGAUAGUAAAAAAAGAGGAGAGAAGCUGUAGUAACACGUUCGAUCGCGUCCGGGCGAAGGAGUCGCCGUUCUGGAUCCCGCGAUCCCUCGCGAUCCCUGUUCAGGAGAAGAUCGAGAACGGUCGCGCGAUCGAGCGAGCGAGCCCGAGUCCGAAUUCUCGCACGAAUCCUCCGAGGAUCGUAGGGGACCGAGGGACGAGGGACACCGAGUGCCUUUUUCCUUUCUGUUUUCGUUUCGCGGGACGAGUUUUGGUCCCGCCCAGAGGGGCGGCCCCCGACCGCGAGGAUCCUCGGCCCGAACUGACGGACUUCUCCCAUCGCAGUACGAGCCCGUGACCGGAACCAGGAUGUUUUCGUCCUCGAGAGCUUUCCCGCCGCUUUUCUUCGCGGCGCUCUUCGCCUACAUCGGGCUCGCACACGGCAUCAAAUGUUACAAAUGCGGUCAGUACAACGAGGGAAUCGGCAGCAUCACGCCGUGCAUCAAUUACACCGCGCAUAUGCAUUUGAGGGACUGCGCACCGUCGUUCGAAUGGUGCAUCAAAUACGUCAGCGAGGGAUCGAUAGUACGAGAUUGCGUACCGAAGUGCGUAGAAAAGGAGGCCUGGAGCACGAAGACGUACUGCUGCCAGCAAGAUGGCUGCAACUCCGGGCCGUCGUUGACGGCCAGCAGCACCGUGGUAUUCCUCGGGGUCGCGAUGGCGGCUCUCCUCGUCGGGCGGACCCUUCGUGGCUAAUACGUCGCUAGAAGCGACCAAGAGCCCGCGAACGGAAGCACCGGGAUCCAUCGAACGCGAGAACAAGGUCGGAGAACGUUGCGCCGUACAUUAACGACGUUCACGCCUGAUCGCCCUGGCCAUUUUGCUGACUGGACGCUGACGAGUCGACGGUUGUCGCUCGUCGAUCAGUGAAAAUCACCGAAAAUCGCCACCCCCGCCGCGCAGCCAGCCUCGUUCGCGCGCUCGCAGCCUCUUCUCGCCAGCCGGGAUUUUAACGAGCUCGUUCGUCGUCGCGUCCGGAUCGAUCGAUCGAUCGAUCGUCGAAUCUUCGUCGCGGGCCUCCAGUGCAAUUCUUUUUUGUUCGCCGAUUCUCGCGCUCCGGAGCGGCCGGCCCCGAUUUUUAAACCGUCUUUCGGGCUUCCCCGUUAUCCUUGAUCUCUCGAUUGCUCCCGCGGAGUUCUUUCGACGCGAUUAUGUUCUUGUUUCCUCGGAGAGGUGUUCGAAGUUAACGGAGGUCCGAGGGAAGUUUCAAGCUCCUCGACGUCAUUGUGUUCCCGCGUCUUUGAAGAUUUGCUUAGCACGAUGGAAUUCGCCGGGAGUUCAUAUUUUAAAGUGGUCAAGUCCAUUAUCGAGUUUCCAAUCUCGCUUUGAACCUCCCGAUCCUCGAGGUCCUUCGAACGUAAUUGCAUUCUUGUUCGAGAACUUGCUUAAUACGGGUUCGGGGAUUGACGAAAUCUUGAAACUUCUCGCAAACCUUUCCGUAACGCUGCUUUAAUCUUUCGAGAAGCCGUUGCUUGCGUUCCUGCUUUUUUUCCCAGCUGAGAAUAAUUCGAGCGGAGUUCAAAUGUUUCGACUCUGCUUCCAACUUUUAAAGCAACGUUUUUAUUUCUCUCGCCAUUGGUUUGCGCGUUCUUCUUCGUUUCCCUGUUCCCGUUUCUGGAAUCCGUUCCCCAUUCAAAUUUCUUUCGACGGCCCUCGCAGCGAAACACUUUCACGUAUCAGGGGAAUGUUUCGACGCAAAACGUGAAGAUCAAUCGGAAACUUCGAGUUUCUUCGCGAAGCUAAUCUUUUGAAAGUUGCAGGACUUUCUCUGGAAUACAUUUAACGAGAAACGAAUCCAUCUGUUUUUUCCGUUAAAUAACGCGAAGCGCCGAAGCGUCGGUGGAAUCGAUUUAGUUCACGAAAAGCUGCCGCGUUUUAUAAAAACUUGUUUGACGAUGUUUGAUCGCCGCGUGGCAUCGAUGUCCUAUAAAAGAACGUUAUCGGAAGAACGAGGAGAAUCCGGUUAAAUUAAGGAGAGCUAUCAGGUAUCGCGAAAACUUGUUUGUCCGACGUUGUUCGACGUCGUUUCGGGGUAAUCAUUUCUCAACUGCCACGGAAAUGGUAUUUUCUACUCUGGGGAAGCAUGGUGCUGCUUAUUAAAAAAUUGUUAAACGCGGCACCAGCCGUGCCCGAUGUUUCCAGCUCGAAAGCGACCAUUUAACAACCUUCCUCCGCAAUAACCGAGAAGACCGCCGAUUCCACGGCUUUCCAAUAACCCGUUUUUCGGCGCAGAGGGUCUCCCGUCGCGUUUUCGAUCCGCGAAAACGAUCGCGUUCUCGUCGUCGGGACCGCUGGACCGUCGCCUAGAGCCUUCCCAGCCGUCACGGUUUUUAAUAUCUUCGGCUAUCGAGGGAAUAAUUUCUCACGGAUAGCCUGCACAGCCGUAUUCGAGAGACGAUCGAGGUUCCUUCGCGGGCGAAUUUCCACCGGUCAGCUCUCUGCCCGGUCCACGAAUUCAAUUUAGACGGAACCUAGCAGCGAUCCUCCUCCCUCCCCGCCUCUCUGUUUGCCCUCCUCGUUUUAUUUCCGCGAUAACGUAACGACGGGGAAGAAAAAA